CAUUAACAACAGCUGCAAACGAUUUAUACGUAAAAAUGAGACACAGUAAUGACACAGUAUUAUUUAUGCUUACAAAUUGUAAUAAUAUCUCACAAUACUACACAUCGAUUUUCUUUUGUCUUUCUGUGUUGGGGAACAGUCUAUCCGUUGUGUUUUUCUACACAAAGCUACGUUACUCCUCGUCCAGCAUCUAUUUAGGUGCGCUUGCGAUAAGCGACACCGGUUACUUGGUGAUGACAAUCGACGAGUGGCUAAAAUUAGAAUACAUAAUAAGUGAUGAAAAAUGGUCGACUACUAUUUCGAUUAGUUUGGAAACCAUAUUUGGUUUUCUGAGUUUGUGGAUUGUAGUGACCUUUACUAUGGAACGGUAUAUAGCGAUCAAGCGGCCGCAACUUUGUUGCUCUGUGGGCACAGUCAACCAAGCGAAAAUCGCGGUGUUUGAACUGGCGGGAUUAGCAGUUUUAUACUCUAUCCCAAAGAUUAUUAUAAUUGCAAUGUGCAUGACUACAAAAAAUAAAAACUGGUUGAAAACCUUAUACCACUGGUGGUGGAUUUUCGAUAUAUUUGAUGCUAUUAUAACGUUUGUCUUACCCACAACAAUGAUAGCAAUUCUUAAUGCUCUAUAA